AUGCCUUCGACACGGCCAAACGCGCAGUCGCCGAUCCUCGAGGCCGACAGCGCUCUUGACAGCACUCUCGACAAUAACAUAGACACAAUCCGCAUUCCUGAACCUCACGGUACAUACCUCCAAACACGCGGCGCCCGCGCAGCUAGACGGAUAUACAAGGCCAUGGGCGUCUGGCCCUGGGACAUUGUCCCCGAAGCACCUCCCAAAAUGUGGGCUAUCAAUUUGCUCGAGGACCUCGCCCUUGUUGCGGAUCAUGUUGCUAGAAACCCAGGCGACACACUGCAGGAUCUUCAAUCAGAGCUUCGCAAGUCUCUUGCGCGCGAUCGCAAACCUUCGUAUGCCGGGAAAUUGAUGGCGCAGGAUGUACAUGCUGCCAAGAAACGAUUUGUGAGAACCAUGCCUCAGUCACCAGAUGCUCAGGAUGAUACCACUGGUGACGAUGGGGGUACCGGUGAGAGGCGCUCUGGGCGACGAAGGAGAACGGCGAAUUACAGCGCUCCAGAUUCGCCAAUUGAUCCAUCGCGAUCGCAUCGACAUACGUCUUCGGAGGAGAGCGAGGAGCACAUGGCGGCGUCUAUAACCGUCGCUUCAGAAUACCCUCCAUCUCCUCCUGUUCCUCGCAGUGUUCGACAUUUGAAACGCCCAGCUACCACAAUACCCACGCCAAUAGAGAAACGCAUCCGGCACAGCUCGCCAGAAGGAUCGCGACUAUCCGCCGCACAGAGCUUGAUGAUGUUUAGUUCUCCCAUGGCUACGUUCCAAAUGGCUUCAUCUUUUGGCCCCAAUGCAACGGCCAACGCUACCCGUUCUCUGGAACCUAAUAAACUUCAAGAAGCGUUACAACCGGCGACGAACGUCUUUGUCGCUGCAAUCGACGCCCACGUCCGAACGAUACGUGCUUCGCUCGCCAUCGCCCAGCAAGAAAUCUUCCCCCAUAGAACAACACAUCAGGAAGUAAUGAGCAAGCUCCGCACAGCCCAAGAUCGCGUCCAGGCCAUCCACGACGAAAUCGCCGAAUCACAAGCAAAGCUGCGCCGCCUCAUCGAGGAAACCGCCGCCGAAGAUGCUCUAGCGCCGCAGCUACAUGCCCUGCAGGAGAACAAUAUGUCCCUGCCGCCUGAGAUAGCUCAAGCGAUACGCAGCUAUAAUACACGCCGCGCCGCUAAAAGCGAGGAGAUAAAAACCCAAGAGAUGGCCAUCAGCGCGAAGCGAGAAGAGUUGGACCGAGCGACUGACGAUCUCGACGCAGCGGAGAAGAACUCCAGCGACGUUGAGUCCGAUAUACGAGACCUUCAAACUGCCGUCACGCGCGGGACAGAAGCUGCCCGUUUCACCAACAUGUUCAGCGUGAUGGUACAGUUGGGGCCUGAAGGGCUGGCGAGCAUUGAGCAGAUAUACCCCGAGAUAGGCUCACUGUUGGAGUCGCUUCUUGCGUCGAGGAAUAACCCACAUGAUCACAGGCAUAAUAAUAGCGUGUUGGAUAGCGAGGAGACUAAUGGCUUGUGA